GAGCCGCCGCCGCCGCCGCCGCCGCCCCAGCCUCCUUCUCCGCUCGCUGGCUCGCACCGCGGGGCCGCCAUGGCCACCCCCAACAACCUGACCCCCACCAACUGCAGCUGGUGGCCCAUCUCGGCGCUGGAGAGCGAUGCCGCCAAGCCGGCCGAGGCCCCCGCCGCGCCCCAGGCCGCCAGCCCCGCCCAUUGGCCCAAGGAGAGCCUCGUCCUGUACCACUGGACGCAGUCCUUCAGCUCGCAGAAGGUGCGUCUGGUGAUCGCAGAGAAGGGACUGGUGUGUGAGGAGAGGGACGUGAGCCUCCCGCAGAGUGAGCACAAGGAGCCGUGGUUUAUGCGGCUCAACUUGGGGGAGGAAGUGCCUGUCAUCAUCCACCGCGACAACAUCAUUAGCGACUAUGACCAGAUCAUAGACUACGUGGAGCGCACAUUCACAGGAGAACACGUGGUGUCCCUGAUGCCUGAGGCGGGUAGCCCACAGCAUGCCCGGGUGCUGCAGUAUCGGGAGCUGCUCGACGCGCUGCCCAUGGAUGCCUACACACACGGCUGUAUCCUGCACCCUGAGCUCACCACUGAUUCCAUGAUCCCCAAGUAUGCCACGGCCGAGAUCCGCAGACACUUAGCCAAUGCCACUACAGACCUCAUGAAGCUGGACCACGAGGAGGAGCCCCAAUUCUCGGAACCCUAUCUCUCCAAACAGAAAAAGCUCAUGGCCAAGAUCCUGGAGCACGAUGACGUGAACUACCUGAAGAAGAUUCUCGGGGAACUGGCCAUGGUGCUGGACCAGAUUGAGGCCGAGCUGGAGAAGAGAAAGCUGGAGAAUGAGGGGCAGAAGUGCGAGCUGUGGCUGUGUGGCUGUGCCUUCACGCUGGCCGAUGUGCUCCUGGGGGCCACGCUGCACCGCCUCAAGUUCCUGGGACUAUCCAAGAAAUACUGGGAAGACGGCAGCCGGCCCAACCUGCAGUCCUUCUUCGAGCGGGUCCAGAAGCGCUUCGCCUUCCGGAAAGUGCUGGGGGACAUCCACACCACACUGCUGUCCGCUGUCAUCCCCAACGCCUUCCGGCUGGUCAAGCGGAAACCGCCCUCCUUCCUGGGAGCGUCCUUCCUCAUGGGCUCCCUGGGCGGGAUGGGCUACUUUGCCUACUGGUACCUCAAGAAAAAAUACAUCUAGAGGCGGCCCUGGGGGCCAAUGGCUGAC